AUGCUGCAGCAGAGACAGCAGCAGAAGCAAAGACACACCGAACGAGAGAAGGGGUUCUUCAGAUGCCGAGAACGCAGACAGCAACAUAAACAGCAACAGCAGCAGCAGCAAAGCAGCAGCAGCAGCAACAGCAGCAGCAGAUGCUGCAGCAGAGACAGCAGCAGAAGCAAAGACACACCAAACGAGAGAAGGGGUUCUUCAGAUGCCGAGAACGCAGACAGCAACAUCAACAGCAACAGCAGCAGCAACAGCAGCAGCAGCAGCAGCAGCAGCAGCAGCAGCAAGGAUGUGUCUCUGUCUGUCUCCGCUGCAAAGGAGACAGAUACAGAGACAGCAGCAGCAGCAAACGAAGACGGAGACAGUCCCCCCGAGUUGUUAAGUUUUUUUUCUGCUGAGAGUUUAUCGGACCACCUGCAGCAGCCGCAGGAAGCAGCAGCAGCAGAUGCUGCUGCUGCUGCUGCUGCUGCUGCUCCCCCCUUCUUUGAUCGCCUUGGCUGGCUGUCGGCGGAGCGGCUGCAGCAGCUAGAUAAAGAAGGAAAGAUAGAAGCAACAGCAACAGACUGCAGCAGCAAACAACAAGCAACCGUCACUGUAUGGAAAGAUGAAUUUCAUGUUUUUCCGUGUUUUGGGUUUUUUGAGGAACCCUCGGCCUCCGAGUGUCUGCAGCAAAUCGCCAGCUGGAUAAACCACCAGCUGGGGGAUACACCAGCAGCAGCAGCAGCAGCAGCAGAUGCAGAUGCAGCAGCAGCAGCAGCAGCAGCAGAUGCAGAUGCAGCAGCAGCAGCAGCAGCAGCAGAUGCAGCAGCAGCAGCAGCAGCAGAUGCAGCAGCAACAGAAGGAGCAGCAGCAGAUGCAGAUGCAGCAGCAGCAACGGAUGCAGCAGCAGCAACUGAUGCAGCAGCAGCAACUGAUGCAGCAGCAGCAACUGAUGCAGCAGCAGCAGCAGCAGAUGUGCCUAUAGCAGCAGAUGGCGCAGCAGCAGCAGAUACAGCAGCAGCAGCAGCUGAUGCAAAUACAGCAACAUCAGCAGCAGCUGCAGCAGCAGAAUCAGAUAAGCAUAGUGAACAGCAGGCAGCAGGGGCAGCAGCAGCAGCAGCAGAUGCAGAAGCAGCAGCAGCAGCAACGGAAAAGGAAGCUGCAGCAGAAACAGCAGCAGCAGCAACAGCAACCACAUCUCCCCCUGCAGAUCUAGACACAGAGGAUGAUCGCAGCAAGCGGCAGUGA